AUGUCUACCAUGAACGCCAUCGUCAUAUCCACCCCAGGCCCUCCCAACGUCCUCAAACUCCUCCAAAGACCAACCCCCCAACCCCGCGCAAACGAAGUCCUAAUCCGCAUCCGCGCCUUUGGCCUCAACCGCUCGGAAAUGUUCACCCGCCAGGGCCACUCCCCCGUCCAAUUUCCGCGCAUCCUGGGUAUCGAAGCCGUUGGCACCAUUGCAGCCACAGCCCCGGGUCUCGAAAGCCGGUUUCCGAAAGGAGCUUCUGUAGCUACGGCUAUGGGCGGGAUGGGGAGGGCCUUUGAUGGGGGGUAUGCGGAGUAUGCUUGUAUUCCAGCGAAGCAGGUGAGGGUUCUACCGAGGACGAGUCUGGGUUGGGAGGUGCUUGGCGCACUGCCAGAGAUGUUGCAGACGGCGUGGGGAUCGUUGAUGUGGGCGUUGGAAUUGAAGAAGGGGGAGAGGCUGUUGGUUCGGGGCGGGACAUCGAGUGUUGGACUUGCGGCGGCGGCGAUUGCGAAGGCUCAUGGGGCUAUUGUUGGGGCGACGACGAGGAAGAAGGAGAGAGAAAGUAUGCUCAGAGAGAACGGGGCCGAUGAGGUCUGGAUUGAUGACGGGGCGAUUGAAGAGCAGAUACGGCAGGCGUCGUCAACGUCUUCCUCGGCGGGGUUGUAUGAUAAGGUGCUCGAGCUGGUUGGAACUGUUACGCUGGCGGAUUCGUUGAAGUGUUCGAGGAAGGGAGGUACUGUCUGUAUGGCUGGGAUUGUGGGGAAUGAAUGGUCUUUGAAGGACAUGAGCCCGAUGGAAUUGAUUCCGUCUGAGACGAAGCUUACAGUUUAUGGGGGUGGGGAUGAGCAGUUUAUGAAGAUGCCUUUGGAUGAUUUGGUUAAACUGGUGGAAUUUGGGAAGCUGAAGGUUAAGAUCGGGCGUGUGUUUACAAUGGAGGAGAUUGUGGAGGCUCAUCGAUGCAUGGAGAAUGAUGAGGCACAGGGGAAGAUUGUAGUUAUUCCGUGA